AACAGACUGUCCUUUUCUUUAACUUCUUUCCGGUGCAAUCAUCAAAUUCUGUGACUGUAUCCAAGAAAAUGGUGGAAAAAAAGGAGAAGCCUGUCAAAGUGGCCAAGACUCCUCACGCCACCAAACCCCCUAAGAAGGAGGCUAAGGACAAGACCAAAAACCUAAUGCGCGAUGUUCGCAUUGCAAAGCUUUGUCUGAACAUCUGUGUUGGUGAAUCUGGUGACAGACUUACACGAGCUGCCAAGGUGUUGGAACAGCUGACUGGUCAACAGCCAGUGUUCUCCAAGGCUCGUUACACCGUCAGAUCCUUCGGUAUCCGUAGGAAUGAAAAGAUCGCUGUCCACUGUACAGUCAGAGGCGCAAAAGCUGAGGAAAUCCUGGAACGAGGUCUUAAGGUACGAGAAUACGAGUUGAGGAGAGAUAACUUCUCAGAUACAGGAAACUUUGGUUUUGGAAUCCAAGAACACAUCGACUUGGGUAUCAAGUACGAUCCUACCAUCGGUAUCUAUGGUCUUGACUUCUACGUUGUACUUGGUCGACCAGGGUUCAACGUAGCACACAGGAGACGAAAGACUGGAGUUAUUGGAUUCCAGCACCGCUUAACCAAGGAAGACGCCAUGAAAUGGUUCCAACAGAAGUAUGAUGGAAUCAUCCUUCCUGGCAAGAAGUAAAUGUAUCGUUUUUAUCAAUAAAAAAAUGUUUUUAAAAACCAUUAAACAA